GCGCCAGCGGCGCCUGGACCCGGCGCCCCUCACUGGACGGAGCAGCGGCAGCCACAAGCUUAGUUGUGAGCCCGGGGGCUGCUCUGCCCAUCGUCCCGCCAGUCCCGGCCGUAGCUAGGGGGUCCGCAGGCCCUGCGGCAACCCUCGGUACAGACGCUGGGCGGGCGGCGACACCCGGCCCAUGGCCCCCGAGGCGGCUCCGUCUUCCUUGGCCGUCAGGGCCUCAAGCCCCGCCGCGGCCCCCACCUCGUACGGCGUCUUCUGCAAGGGGCUCUCCCGCACCCUCCUCGCCUUCUUCGAGCUGGCCUGGCAGCUGCGCAUGAACUUUCCGUACUUCUACGUCGCGGGCUCGGUGAUUCUCAACAUUCGCUUGCAGGUACACAUUUAGACCCGUGACUAAGCUAACGGCCUCCGGGGCCAGCAAGAUGGCGGACUCCUAGGGUCCUUUGCGGCGCAGCAGAGCAGUGGAUAGCGAGCCCCACAGUCUCGCGAGAAUGCUCAGGCGCUCUUCGCGGCUGCGCUCUUCGCUGCCAGCGGAGCUCCUCCGGAGGGCGCUGGGAGCCUUCAGUUCCUAGAAAGAGAAAAUACGCGAUUCCGGAAACAGAACUGCCGUUGAGACCCUCGAAAAGAUCUAAGGAAGCGUGCAUCCUUCAACACCUGACGAAUUUCAGGACGUGACAAAGCACAGAAGGUGCAUUAUUUCCAAACAAAAGGGUGAAAUUCAGAAAAAGAAAAUCGGUAAAGCGGGAAUAUUGGAUUGGAUUGUAAGCAAGAUUUGAAAUACGAAGCUGAAGGGACAUGGAUGAAUCUGGAGAACAUCAUCCUCAGCAAACUGACACAAGAACAGAAAAUGAAACACCGCAUAUUCUCACUCAUAGGUGGGUGAUGAAAAAUGAGAACACAUGGACCCAGAAAGGGGAGUACUAAACACUGGGGUCUAUUGGGGGAAAAGGGGAGGGCCAGUGGGAGGGGGAGGUGGGAGGGAUAGCCUGGGGAGAAAUGCCAAAUGUGGGUGAAGGGGAGAAGAAAAGCAAAGCACACUGCCAUGUGUGUACCUACGCAACUGUCUUGCAUGCUCUGCUCAUGUACCCCAAAACCUAUAAUCCAAUAAAAAAUUAAAAAAAAAAAAAAAAAACUCUGGGUAAAAAUACAUGUGAUGACAAACAGCAUAUCAUUACUAUCAGCAUCAUUUUAAAAAUAUAUAUUGAGUUUUUAAUUGCAGGAACUAUGAAAAAUUAUUUAUACACGAGCUCCAUAAUUCUCACAUAUACUCUGUGAGGAAAACAUUUUUAUCAUUUUUCAGAAAAGCAAACGAAUUUAGAGAGAAGUAACUUCCUAAGGUCAUGGUAACCAGCCAAACCUCAAAUGAAUCUCCAGUAAUCCCUAAAUACAUAUUUCACAAGGAGUUCAAUUUUCUUAAAUAUGUAAUUACAUAUAAUCCUGUUUCUCAAAUUUCUGGACAGAAAUAUUAUCUGGGAAAUAGUGAUUUUUUUAAACGUAACUAUUGAGGGCCUUUCAUACUAAAAUGUAAGUAUUUAACGUGAUUUGAUAUGUAAGUUCAAGUAUUUUAUACUCUGCAGCCUUUAAUCUAUUGAGUUAUUUUAUUUAUUUUUGAGACAGUUUUGCUCUGUCUCCCAGACUGGAGUGCAAUGGUGUCAUCUCGGCUCACUGCAACCUCUGCCUCCCAGGUUCAAGUGAUUCUCCUGCCUCAGCCUCCCUAGUAGCUGGAGUUACAGUCACCUGCCACUGCACCCAGCUAAUUUUUGUAUUUUUUAGUAGAGAAAGGGCUUCAUCAUUUUGGCAAGGCUGGUCUUAAUCUCCUGACCUCAGGUGAUCCACCUACCUUGGCCUCCCAAAGUGCUGGGAUUACAGGUGUGAGCCACCAUGCCUGGUUUACUGGCUUAUUUUAUUAGAGGGUGGUGGGACUGAGGGAUACAGGAGCAAAGGAAGAUAGAGGAAAGGACAUUGUCCCCAGAAUGGAAGGGAAGCACUUUCUUUUCCUACCCAGAGUAGAUUUCAGACAAUCUUGAAUUUCAAAGCCAUGUCUAUUCCUGUCAACAAUCCCUAACUAAAUUUUCUGUUAGAAAAUCUUGCAGUUUGCUUUUAACGGGAGAUCUUUCUGGCAGGGCAUCAAUAGCUUUUGAGAGUCAAGAAGAAAAUAAAGCCCACAUGCAGAAGUAUAAAGGGGUAGGAUGAAAGUUGAAGAAUACAGGUACAAAAAAUGAGGGAAAGGAAUAUCCUAUUUGAGCAUGGAAAGUAGUCUAAAAACUAGACUGAGGUAGUUCCAAGAAAAUAGACCAAGGAAAGAACCACUGCAAGAACUAUGAGAAUUCCCAACAAUUGGGUUGGAUUGAUUCAUAUUAGUCAAUUACUUGGGUUACCUUGAGUGUGGGAUUCUUCUUGCAGUUUUAACACUUGUGCUAUGGUCUGAAUCUGUCCCGGAUAAAUUCAUAUAUUGGCAUUCUAAAUCCAAGUGAUGAUCAUAGGAGAUGGGGCCUUUGGGAGGUGAUCAGGUCAUAAAUAUGGAACUCUCAUGAAUGGGAUUAGUGCCCUUACAAGGGAGAUCCCAAAAUAAUUCCCUUACCUGUUUUGCCAUGUGAGGCUAUAGGGAAAAGCCAUCUAUGAACAAGGAAAUGAGCCCUCACCAGAAAGCAAAUCUGUGAAUGCCUGGAUCUUGGACUUUCCAGCUUCUAGAACUGUAAGAAAUAAAUUUUUGCUGUUUAUAAG